AUGCAUUUGUGUAGACUUCAAUUGUUCUUUUUCUUUGUACUAUUAUCGUAUGUUUCAACAAUAGACAUGCGAAUAGUUUGUUAUUAUACAAAUUGGUCUGUUUAUCGUGUGACAGAUAUUCCUAUAUUAUAUCCUGAUAAAAUCAAGUCAUUACAUUGUACACAUAUGCAUAUCGCAUUCGCAGUUAUCAAUCCAGUAACGCUCAGAAUUGAACCAAGUGAAAAACAUGACACGCACUAUACGGAUGCAUUUGAUACACCAUUAUAUUUGAGAAUGAAUUCAUUGAAGAAACGUAAAUCGUCAUUAAAAAUAUUAGUAGCUGUUGGCGGAUGGACGGCUGGCAGCGAAGCAUUUAAUAAUAUUUUAACGAAUUCUUCAACACGAACAUUAUUCAUUCGACAUACGAAACAAUUUCUACGUCAAUGGAACUUUGAUGGAAUUGAUUUGGAUUGGGAAUUUCCUGGCGAUAUUGAACGAGGUGCUAUGAAUAACUCACGAGAACAAUUUAAUAUUCUUAUCAAAGAAAUUCAUGAAUCAUUUCAUAAUGAGAGUAAUCCAUUUCUUUUGACAGCAGCUGUGACGGCUGAUCCAACAAAAAUUGAUCAGGGUUAUGUCGUACCUGAUUUUUGUCAUUAUCUUGAUUAUGUCAGUGUUAUGACCUAUGAUUAUUAUGGAACUUGGGAUAAUGUAACUGGAAUAAAUGCACCACUUUAUGGAAGAAAUUCAUCAGCAGAAGACGAUGAUGAUGGACAAUGGAAGAAUGUCAAUACUUCAAUACAUUAUUGGUUGUCUAAAGGUUGUCCAGCAAAUAAACUUAAUUUAGGUUUAGCUUUGUAUGGUCGCAGUUUUACAUUAGCCAAUGGCACCGAUUCGGUUUCGAUUGGUACAGAAACAAGUGGUCGUGGUUUAGCUGGACCAUUUACAAAAGAAAGUGGUACUUUAGCAUAUUUUGAAAUUUGUCAAAAAUUGCGUGUACAUAAUUGGACAAGAGUUUUCGAUGCGGAUGCUCAAGCACCCUACGCUUUUAGUUCAUCAGUAAACUCAUUGGAUACACAAUGGGUUGGUUAUGAUGAUUUACAAAGUGUCACUGUUAAAGUUUUGCAUGCUAAAACAUUAGAUUUAGGUGGUAUAAUGGUGUGGUCCAUUGAUCAAGAUGAUUAUUCAGGUUUAUUUUGUGGUCAAGGAGAAUUUCCAGUUAUAAGACGUAUUCAUGAUAUUCUAUUCUCGACAGACAAAAAUAAUAAACAAAAUUCAUUUCUUACCACACAAGCAACGAAAUUUCGUACGAAACCAAGAGUUAGUUUUGUGCCUAUUCAACGCUUUACAACAAAACGUCAGAAAAUAACAUUAACAUCAAUGCAAUCGAUACCAAAAUCAAAGAUUUUUAAUCGAGGUGCUAAGAAAAAUAGUCCUUUUUAUUUUUUAUUUAUUGUUUGGGUGUAUUAUUUAAUAUAA